UCACAACCGGGUGACCGCCGGAGGCAGGGAGAGAAGAAAGGCUGGAAGGUCGCCUUUGUAGGGGGGACAUUUUGGUUGCAGGACAUGUUGUCUAAAGCAAGCACGGAUUUUGCUGAGGAGGACAAUAUUCCAUCCGGCACAACACAGAGGCUCCUGUUCAGGUGGAUUGUGCAGGAGGGUGAUGGAGGUACCGCCUCACUGGGGAAUGGAAGGACAUUCAGAAAUAACGAAAUGACGCCCUCAGCGCCUCCUCGGUCCCUUUCUCUUUGUGGCAUAAAGGAAGCAGCUUUUGUUAAGCCAGAACAGGGUCUCGUGUCCUUUGAGGAUGUGUCUGUGCAUUUCACAACGGAGGAAUGGGCGCUGCUGGAUCAAGACCAGAAGGCUCUGCACAAGGAAGUCAUGGGAGAAAACUGCGAGAAUCUGGCUUUUCUCGGAAACAACCCCUAG